GGAAAAAAUUGUCAAUUGUGAAGCUAGGCCAUUUUAAAAGAGAGUUUUGUUUACCAGAGAAAUUGAAUGCUUUGCUGCUCAGGCACCCUGGCAUAUUCUAUGUUUCAAAUAAAUAUCAAAUUUAUACUGUUCUCCUUCGAGAGGAUUACAGUGGGUCAGAAUUAAUUAAUAAGGAUCCUCUAGUGGCUGUGAAGGACAAAUUUGGGGAGUUAAUGCAGGAGGGUCUUUAUGAAUACAACCGAAGGCGAUACUUGGUGAAUAUAGAAAAGAAGAAAAAGAAGAAAGGUGUGGAUUUCAUGAGGUUGGAGAAAAAAAGGAAAAAUGUAAAUUCUGAAAAUUCAGACCAAGAUAAUACUGGGGAUAAACUAGGUGGUUUGUUUGAUUCAGAAGAAAGGAAAAGGUUUUAUAAGGUUCUUUUUGAUGAUGAUUCCCGGUGAGAUUGAGCUCAGGAAAAAGCAGGCACGUUUCCUUUGGUAAUCCUCGAUCCCAAUGGCACAUGAGGAACUGGUUGAUCAAAAGAAGUAUCUUGAGGAGUCUUGCAAAAACAAGUGUGUGAAGCCUUUAAUUCAGUAUGAGGUUUGUGUUAAGAGGAUUGAAGGUGAUGAUGGUGGCAAGCAUUGUACGGGGCAAUACUUUGAUUACUUCUCUUGUGUUGAUAAAUGCGUUGCUCCAAAAUUGUUUGCAAAACUGAAGUAACUCUGGAGAGUUGCUAAUGUAACUUUCUUGUUUAGGUUCCUCUCUUCAGUAUCAGCAUAAGGCCAAGUGAUCCUUAGGCCAGUUUUGCAAUCAGAACCAUUCGAUAUUGUUCUCACGUGCCGCCUUAUUUGGAUACAGUUCAUAAAGAAUACACUUGUCUUCAACUCUUUUCCCAAUUUCCAGAUUUGGCUACUUCAAACUAGUGACUUUUGUUUCAUCUCGCUUUUUCCUUCCUUCCCCCCUAAAACGUUACCGUUUUUGUUUGGCCA